CUUUUCGCCAUCGUAUUAUCCCAAUUAUGUCAUCUGUGUAUUAAAAGUAGCACAUUUAGAUAGGGUUUGUGAUGUUAAUGAUGUAUACAUGUACCUGUCCCGAAUAGGAAGGCGGGUUUCGAUCGGCCGAUGAACAAGGAAGAAGACAUUCCUAUCGCGGAAAACAUGGCAACUUCAGAUCAAGAAAAGGGUUGACCUUCCUAUCACGGAAUAUUGCGGAGCACUGCACAUUUUAUUGAAGUGAUACCUAAAAAAAACAUGGCAACUUCAGAUCAAGAAAAGGGGGGAGUGAUCGUAAAGAUCAUAAACUACCUCGGCAAUCAGAGUGUUCAAGUAGGAGAUUGUAACACCAUGCAGAUUGCUGAACUGUUAUCCGGAAAAACAGAUCUUACAAAGGAAGGGCUUGACAGAGAUGAUCUUCUCCAGGGUUCGCUCAACAGUAUUCUAAAUCCAAAACAUUCAAAAGCUCAAAAUCCAAUGCAACUCAAAAAGCUAGAGAAGAAAUUUACAGAAACAUUCGGAGACAAUUUACCAGCAGGAAAGAAAACUUUCGCAAGUGCCGCGGGUAUUUCCCUGGACUCAUUCCUUCAAAGACAUAAUGAUUCCUACGAGACAUUCAUUACAUCAAAGGGAAAGACAAUGGUGCAGCAAAGACAGACAAGACUAACCAAGUCUGAUUUAUUUUCCGGUGUCAGCAGUGAAACGCAGGUUAAAGACAGGGACCCAAAACAUAGAGUCAAGAGGUGUGAUACUGCUGGGAAUAUUGUUACUCAACAGAAAGGCAAAGCGCUUGACGGCGGUGGAAAUCAAAGUGUGUCAAUUACCGGACAAGUUUGCCAAAGCGACAAUAAUUCUGAAGAGUGGAAAACUGUUUCUAGUAAACGGCACAAAAAAUUGACGAAAACAACGAAACAAAGCAUCAAGUCAGGCGAACAUAAAAGCAUGGAAACAAAACAACACGAGUGUAUAGACCCUUGGAAAACAUUCAUGUCACCUCUUCUCGAGAGGAGAAACAGACAAGAUUUGAAGUUUGUGUCAGACGGGGGCAUCUAUUUCCAGAAUUUCCUCUUGUUUACUAUCGAUGUUAUAAGUAUGUGGAAUACCCCGAAGGAGGCUUCAUCUUAUAUAAUCAUCGGUAUCGUUGAUAAUGGAGCGGAUGGAUCAGUGCCUUACGCUAUCUCAGGAAUGAAGAAAAGUCGCACUAUUGAACAUUUCAAGAAAAUCUUUUUGUAUGACUGUAUAAUCGGCAGUGUUCCAGAGUUCUCAUAUUCUGAGGUAUUGCUUGGAAAUGAUGCAGUGGGCGUCAUUGAAAUAUUCAGCAGUCGAGGAAAUCAAACUCCAUGCGUUCUUAGCUGCGACCGGGAAAAUAACGCUCUGACAACACGAGAAGGAGACAUGUGGAUUCGAAAGGGCGCAUCGAAUAUUGUUUGCAAACCUACAGAUGAAACUUUUGCAAAAGUGUAUCGUUGGUUUGCAGAAAGUCAUGUAGAGAAUGCAAAUCACACAGUCGCCUCUGCAAAUGAACAAUAUCUUAUGGAAGAAGCGAAGAGAAAAGAAGAUCCGAUUAAUUUUGUUCAUUUGAGACAGCCCAAUGCAAUUUCGAAGAAUACAGCCAAUGAAUUAAAAGUUUGCACAUCAGUGGAUCAGAUGCUUGAUGCAGUAAACAACUUCCGCAAAGGUCAUUAUGUUCUCUUUGCUGGUGAUGUACCAGGUGUACUCACAAACAUUGAUGCAAUCGCAUUGGUACCGUGGCUAACGGUUUUUGAUUUCGAUCCUUACAGCAGAGACGGUGGGCUUCUUUGUUCAAAUGAAGAACCUCUGUCCAAAAGGACAUCUCUUCAGAUCACAACAUGGAAAACAAUCAACAAACCUGUUUCGGAGUAUGGAACCAAUUGGUGUUUCGUACGUGGAUCAAGGGACGACCCUGAAAGCCGACAAAGUUUCCAAGAACCGGACGAUCUUCGAAACUGGAGUCGUAAAAUCAAACCAUUUGUUGAUCCUUACUUGGAUAAUAUGCAAGCCUUUAUCGCAGAUUACACAGUCCUUACCUCAGUCGUGAUAUGGCCAAAAGACGAACAGAUGCUCCCUCACAUUCUGAAAAUGGUAAACAAGCUAGAUGAAAACAUUGAUCCUCCUCCAAAACUUGUUAUUAUCCUUGAUUCAGAACCCAGUACAGAAGCAGGGAAAACAAGCUUUUGCAUGUUGUGUGACGAACAGAACGAAAACUUAACUCUCAUUCGAAUGAAAUUAAGCGAUGUUCUCGAUGGGUUGACUCGCACGCUUAAAAGAUUUGAAAAAGCUCGUGAAAAUGCAUAUGACCUUCCUGCAGCCGACCAAAGCGAUGCCUGCAUAUCGGAUAGAGAUGUCUCAUGGGUCCGAGAACAUUUGAAUGUCUUGUUCAAAUCAAGCCCAUUUGUACACGGAGAAAACGAUAUCGAAUUCCUACAAGAAGAAAGCGACAAUUUCCAUCGUGGUGGAACACUAGAUUGGCGCACUUGGUAUGCAUGUAAAGCAGGUCAUUUUGAUGCAGAGAGAGACAUUUACAAAAACGGCAAGGCAGCCAUUGAGUUAAAUAUUCAAAAUAACAAAUCAGGUAUGGUGACUUUGUGUCAUGCGCCGGGUGCUGGAGGCACAACGUUAGCCCAACGUCUUGCCUGGGAUUUUCAUGAGAAAGUUCCAACGGUGCAUGUUAGGAAGAACAGCAUCAACUUGAUGGAUAUCGUCUCUAGAAUUGAGUUCAUCUACAUUAAGACGCGCAAACCUGUUUUGCUACUUAUUGAUGGCGAAGAUGAGACCAAGGUAUUUCAUCUGAUGCAGUAUCUGAAAACCAGUUGCAUUUCAAUCAUACUAUUUGUGAAGAGAUGUCUUCGUAGACCCCAAUCUUACAAAGGGGAACCUGAAAAGCUAUGGUUAAGUGGCAUCGUGUCUGCAAUGGAAGCAAAGCAGUUGACGCUGAAGUUGACAACUCACUGCAAGGAUGAUGAAGGUAAGAAAAGGGCUCUGGUCAGACUGUGUAAGGAGACAGAGCAGGGAAAACAACACCACCUCAUCAAUUUCGGUCUCACUGUUUUCAUGCAUGAAUUCAAGGGUGUAUCAUCGUUCGUAAAAGGCUACUUGCCUGUUACAGAGCACGGCACAUCGCCUGCAAUGGAUCAAAAAAUACUGCUUUAUCUAGCACUUGCUUAUUUCUAUGGUCAUUCAUCAAUCCCGUGUCAAUUCUUCAACGAACUGCUCUGCUUGCCGGCAAACUAUUAUGUCGAUCUGGAAGAUUUUCCGCAUCCGAUCCAGUCAUUUGUUGUUGAAGAUGAAGGAGCAGGUAAGAAAUCAAACAUCCGGAUUUGUCAUAAUUUGGUUGCAAAGGAAAUCCUUGAUCAUAUUUUGACAAGAGGAAAAAAAUCAAAAUACUUAAGGCAAGAUGGACUUUCUGGACCUGCACGACACAGACUUGCAUCUCUAUGUCUAGAUUUCAUAAGCUAUGCAAGUAGAAGGGAAAAGAGAAGUUCUGCCUCAGCAAAUACCGUUGUCAACUGCUUGAAACGAAUCUUCAUAGUUCGGGAGACAAUUGAUAUGACAGGGAAAUCCGAACAUCUGACCAGAAGGCCUCUUAUUUCAAAUGUUCUGUUGGAGAUUGAGUCACAACCGCCGAUGUUUUGCGAAAGAGCAGAGGUUUUAAAGAAACUUGCUGAAGCUUUUCCUGACGACCCAAUUUUCCUUGCUCAUCUCGGAAGAUUUUAUGCUAACUGCCUUCCACACAAAGAAAAAGAAGCCGAGAAGUGCUUUGUCAAGUCUCUUGAAUUGUGUGAGGUACCUACUAAAGGCAUAAAUACAGGUGAAGGGAAACUAUAUGACAGAUGGAAGCAUUCUCUUAUGUAUAUCUACCAUAUGUAUGGUACGUUUCUGCUGAAACGAAUCAAACGUGACACUGGUAAUGGCACCUUCGACGAUGUUGCCAAUAGCUUGGAAACAGGAAAAUCGUCCGGCAGCAUAGAGGAUCUCCUUGCCUUGGUACAACAAGCAUGCUUGCUGUUCGAAAACUCCCGAAAGUACACGCCUGUUGGUCAUGAGAGUGGUUACGGGUAUACCGGCGAAAUUGAAGUCCGUCUCCACUUGUGUGAUUUCCUUCAAAAAGAAGAAACGGUCACUGUUCUCGACAACACACUUCCGGCGUGCACAUCCACUCGUGAAAGAGCGGAUGUCUUCAUCCGCAAAAGUAUCCCUAUUAUAGAUCAAUUGAUCAACGAAUGUACGAAGGAAUCAACUGGUCAAAAGGAAAUCGGAUACUACAUUAACAAGUACACCUGCUGGUAUGAUCGUCUGUUUAGAGGAAAGAAGGUUGCGUUGGAACAUCCAGAGGAUUGUCAAGACAUUGAUUCCUGUCGAUUGAAAAUUUCCAUGACAAAACUCAGCAGCAAAACUGGAACCAGAAAUAGCUGCAACAUCAUCGACAACAUCAGGGGGAAAGGGCAGAUAGACGACACCGUAAAAUUGUAUGAAAGAAUUUUUGAAAUAGUUGACCACUGUGACACGUAUAGAGAGAAGAAGGCCCUUGAAACAAACCUGGUCGAUUGGUUGAGAGCAAUUAGACAUAGGGAGAUGACGGAGGAAUAUAGUAUUGAGAAAGUUCUUGUAGAGGUGGCGAAAAUCAAUAAUCUUCUUUCGUCACCAGUUUCGAAGUUUUACAUCUUCGUCCUACAGAGUCUACUUGGAUUUGGAAUUUGCUCGAAGUCAGGACAUGUCGAUACCGGGGCUCUUUAUGACGCCAAACAACUAAAGCUGGAACUCAAAGCAUCUGGGAGUUUUGUACUGAAGCCCAAACACCCAAGGGAAUGGGUAGGGAAUUCUGAAAAUGGAAUAAAAUGUCUUCUCCCUGGAUCUCAAUGCAUGUCGCUGUUACAGGUUUUCAAGGGAUCCAUAUGCCAUCCGAACAAGAAAAGAUUCGCUGGGUUUAUCAAUCUAGACCUGGGAGAAAACACGUGUCCGGUAGAAGUCUUCUUCAUACCAGAUGUUGUCAGUAUGGCUGGCUCACAGCAUGUGGGACGCAGGGUUGAAUUUACUCUCGCAUUCAGCAUUGAAAAUGGAUACGAGGCUUUCCACGUGACUUAUCUUAAGAAAUACAAAUGCACCAAUUUUCCGUGCGGUGGAAGAGUUGAAAUCACUUCAGCUGAUGAGUUUGGAGUUUGCUGUGCUUGUAAUCGGAAAGUGUGCAGAAAUGACUUCUUUGAGGAAACAAACUGAGGCAUGAAUGUGAACCGGACAAUUUUAUCUGGAAAGCAAACAAAACGAUGUUCCCAGUACUUUGUGAAUUUUCUUCCAAUUCCAAUAUUAGUCCGGUAUGUGACAGAAGAGAAUGCUAGGUAUGUGUUGACACAAUGUACGUAUACGCACGUACUGUUUUCAUGACUGAGAAAAUAUUACCACCACCAAUAUUAACUUUGUACACAGUAACCAAGUCACCCCCAAUAUGAACUUUGUACACAGUAACCAGAUCUACCGUUUAUUGCAAGGGAUAGUAUCUCUUGAAAGAUUCUUUUUAAAUAUCAGCAUCCGUGCCACGAAUGCUUUACAUAUCGGGUGAUAAAACGUGGCUCUACUUAUAUGUUGUUUGUAAAUAAGGGAAAUAUCUUUUUUUGACAUACAUUAGUCUGUAGUUAAGAUUGAUCUGUUUUGUUGUACAGAAUGCAGAAAAUGUACACUUUAAAAAAUGGGUACAUAUAUUUUUUUUUGUAGCAUGUACGUUUUUAUGUACAGUAUAGUUAAUAACCUGGUAGGUGUAAAUAGAUCAGAGCAUUUGUCCUGAGGUACAAUAAGGAAUUCCAUCCUCGAUACCCAGGGGUUACGCUCACUAACGCUCCCGCAGCGAGAGCUUAAGUGAGCGUAAUCCUGGAAUAUCGAGGCUGACAGAAUUCGGAAGCGGGAAACGUAUGCCUUCUCCUUCCUUCGCAAAGGGAUAAUUAUUCUGGUAUAUCGCACACCCACACAGUAAAUUCAACAGAAGUUAUUUAUAUAAUUAUAUAGAUAGAAAUUAAGAAUCCUCACAGAUUAUUAUGAAAUAAGAGAAAAAGAGGAACUGUUUCGUUUGUAGAUAUUGUUUGUGAUGUCUGUGAUAGCAGAGAAUAGCGACAGUACAAACAAAGAUAACGUGUAAACGUUCCAACGUCACAAGCCUCUUCAAUUUGAGGUUUUGCUUAACUUUCUACUGUGAAUUAAUGUAAGUAUGUUGUAAGUUUAUGUACAUUGUCUAUCAAACUCAGAUUGAGGUAUAGGCUCAAAACUUUGGCAAAAUGGUACCGUAAAUGUAAUUUCACCAGAGUUGUUUUAUUUAUCUGGUAGCAACAUGUUAAUAUGUAAUAACAUUAUUUGAUUUAAUAUUAAACCUCAUAUUUGUAAAUAAUUACAUUAUAUGAAAUUACAUGAGUUAGAUCUUAGCAAUAUACAGGUAUAGUGCAAUCUGGAAGAACUCAGUGUUUGUAGAGAACAAGUAUCAUCUACAGACUAUGAGUUACUCUUUCAUGACUUCUGGUAACUUUUAACAUGAUAAGACAAAACAACCUUGCCAGUAUUUUGAAUACAGCAUUCUCACUUCACAAUCUAUUUGUAAUUGUUAUAUUUUUAAAUUGUAAACAAAAUAUCCACCAAAUCAUCAGAUUCCUUUACUCAUUAUACUUUUUCAUCAUUAGAAAGUUACUGAAGUUUUAAUUCAAAUUGAAUUUAAAACGUUACUGUGUUCAAAACUAUAAAUCAUUCAUUCAACGCCAUUUUAUGUGGUGCACGCAUAACUGUAAUAGACAGAGAAACUUUGAUUUUUGAUUCCAAGGCUAACUCAAAUCAGCAAAAUAAUAUCACGCUAAAAUUGUAAGUUUUAUUAAGAUUCUCAAAAUUGGAAAGCCAGAUUUACUGUAGUAGAUUGUUAUUAAUGUUUCUUUUUAUCGAAUAAUACAUUUAACGUAUUCAAUACAUGGAGUAGGUACACAUUUGUUCUAGCACGGAAUUAGAUUGCUAUCUAAGUCAGCGGUUCUAGUGAAUAUGUUUUCCCCUCUCAAGAGGUGAAAGUACUAGGAAGCACUAAGGAAUUAUUUUCAUCAUUUUUUUAAAUAUGUGUAAGCAUUGUAUUUAUUCGUUGUUGUAACAUUUCAUUUAACAACUGUUAAUUCUUUUAACAACUGUAUUUUCUAUUCUUCAUGAUUUUGUGAAUUUCUUCAAUUUCGUAAAUACUGAAUUUUGUGUUUGUCCUUAAUUGAUUUACAAACAGUGGAAUCUACCAUACCAUUGAUUUGUCACAUCAGAGACGUAUAUUUUCUUAUAGUGGUAAAGAGUUUUAAACGUGCCUCUGAGCGACAUGAUUAACCACUGUUUUGAUAAAUCAGAGUUCCCUUGCAGACUCAAUUAAGGAGGCACAGGUAGUUCCUGUUUUUUAGAAAAAGAUAUUUUAGAUAAACAAAACUACCGACCAGUCAGCAUUUUACCUUGUAUAUCGAAAAUUUUUGAAAGAACCAUGUGUGAUCAACUGACUGCCUUUUUUAGUAAUGUUUUUCAUCCUUUCCUUGCAUCCUUCCGACCAGGAUGUGGGUGUCAAUCCACCCUGUUGCGACUUGUUGAUGAUUGGUGUAGAGCCCUGGACAACCAUGAGUAUGUCACUGCCAUACUGAUGGACCUCUCCAAGGCUUUUGACUGUCUUCCUCAUAACUUGUUGGUCGGGAAGCUGGAGGCCUAUGGCCUGAGCAAAGCCUCAGUUAACCUGGUGUCCAGCUACCUGAGCAGCAGGAAGCAGCAGGUAAAAAUUGGCUACAAAUGCGGUGACUGGCUGGAAGUGCUGAAGGGAGUACCCCAUGGUUCUAUUUUAGGACCUUGCUUUUUAAUGAAUUUGUAAAUGAUAUGUUUUUUAUAUGUGACAACCUGAAAAUUAUAUAACUAUGCAGACGACAACACUGUCAGUGAAUCGAAUAAAGACCCAUUAUUUUAUACAUAAUGAUCACAACUCAUCCUUCAGACACUUACUCAGUAUUACCAACAGCGACAGGCUUCAUGUUAGGCGUCUGAAGGAAAUGGGUUGUGAGAUUUUUAAAAUUAUAAACAAAAUUUCUCCUGAAUAUAUUCAUAAUCUUGUAAAUAUUAAGAUGAUUAAUUAUGCCUUCAGGAAACAAAAUAUUGCAGAGGUGCCCAGGGUCAACAAUGUGAAGUAUGGACAUACACCAUUUGCUUUUGAGGCCGCCCGGGUGUGGAACGGUCUCCCAAAUGACUUCCGAAAAGUUGAAAACUUCAAAGAAUUCAGGAGGCUGGUCCAUUUCUGGGAUGACCCCAUCUGUCUUUGCAAUAUCUGCAAAGAGUGAUACUUCAUACUGUGCCCUGGUUACCUCUACCACCUGACAUUUUGG